AUGACGAUGAGGGAUAGGGACACCAGGUGCAUCAACAAGGUGUUCCACAAUCACUUGUUGGUCAACAUCAUCUUUGGACAUGUGACUGAUAUACACAAGAGAUGGAUGAGUCUGCCAAAGCCAUCAAUUGACAGCAACAACAACAACAGAACACAUCUGAUCAAGUCAACAAUCAAAGGUCGUCAACUUCAAAACAUGAGUCUCGUUGAUAUGUUGCGCUUCAACGCCACCCAGAUGUUCAUCACAGCAUUCGACAGCGUUGCCAACGACUACCCCAUCGACAACAAUCUGUUGACAUCCGCAGUCAACUUCAACAACAUAACAGUAUUCAAUCAUCUAGUUGACAGAAUGAAGAUGGACAUCGAAUGUUGGGACAAAUUGUUAUAUCAUGGAAACCUCGACAUACUGCGCCGCUACCUCGAAGCCACCGGCCACCGCAGACUCCCCACCAAUAUGGAGUCAAACUUGCCUUCUGCUGUUGACUCGGGCAAUGUGGAGUUUGUUCGUCUUCUGCUCCAACACCUCGAUAAUGAUUACCACAUCACAAGUUUCAAUAUGUUUCGCAGACAUGGCGUCAGAGUUGACAUGCUACGAAUGCUGCACGAGGAGUUUAACUUACUCUUUCUCACCAUCCUCUGGGAAGCGGUACUUCGUCACUCUGCCAAGUGCGAUAUGAUGGACAGUGUUCAAUACGUCCUCGAAAACAUGCCGCCUGCCCAUAGUAUACCGAGCCAGUUGCUCUUCAGGUGUCUCAACGAAUGUGCCAAGUCUGGCAACGUCGACAUGUUCCAAGCAUUCAUUAAGACACCUGAUGGCACCAUCUACCUCAGCAACAGUCGUGAUAUCAAACGAAUCAUUGAGAAGGCAGCUGAUCGAAGUCAUCUAUCAAUCAUCAAACAUCUCUUCCAACAUCAUGUUGGCAAUGGCCACAUCAACAAUGAGAGUGAGACACUGAUCCUCAACCUUUUGGUGAUGCCCCCAUCAGAUGGAUUGAUCGACAUGGACCAGGUCAAGCUACGCAGCACAAUAUUUGCUUCGAUUCGCAACGAUGACAUUGUAUCAUUGGAAUCAGACCAAUCAAGACAUAUUGAUUUGACUCUAAAGAUGUGUCUAAUGAUGUCCAAGCCAAUGACAACAUUCAUUUCGAGUCAUGGAAAGUCCGUUGGGUUGUCCUUUGGUGGAGAUUCGUUACCAAACUUGGUGAAUGCCAUGUGCCAACCUGGCAGCAGCAUCACCGCCGACAUCGUCUGUCAGUUCAUCGUCAACAGUACAUACAAAUGGUAUUCAGACACCCUCCAGACAGCGAUGAAGUAUGCAUGCAGCCACUCUGUUGUGGUGGCGCAACUACUACAUUCUCGCUUCAACAUUGAUUACUGCCUUGCGACGGCAUUGGAGAAUAGAUGUCAUGAGACAAUAUCAUUUAUCUUCAAUCACACCAACCCAAUCGACAGGUAUCGUCGCAACUCUGAUGUCAAGGCAAGAGCAUCCGAUAUUGUUUCCAACGCACCAUUGUCCGAGGUGACAUUUAUCCUGGAUCACAUGGACUACAUCAGACACAAUGUUGAAGUGUGUGAAUGGGCCGCGCGCAGUCCUCACUUGGAUGUGUUUGAACAUGUGAUCAAUUUAUUCACACUCGAGCAACUUUGUGAUGGCCAAGUGAUCGACCGUAUCAUCGAGCGAGCACUCUUGAGAGACAGGAUCGACAAUGUCCUCAUGCUUCAACGACACUUUGGUCAACCCGAUCAAAUCCAGCAAUUGCUUCAACCAAUGUUUAUCACUCAAUUGGCCAAACAGAAUUGCUAUCUAACAUUGGAGCACCACUUCAACUCAACAACAUUCUCCAACUGGCCGAUGCUACACCGUCUCCGAGUACUCCACUCAAUACUCAAUGUUGCCUAUCAACAUACCACCCACCGAGUGAUCAAGAUGUGCAAUGAUCAGAUCCAGUUACUCACUCUCUAUCAAUCAGAAUCGGGCGAGCCAACAUUGACGAAUCAAGACCAUGAUGUCCAUCAGGCAUCAUCACCAUCAUCAACAUCAAUGGAGACAGCAUUCCACUCAGUGUUCAAUGACACAAAGCUUGGAAUGAUGGUCAUGGAGCAGAUUGGACGUGUUCACAAGUCACUUGGAAUCAAUGACAAACAUUUGAUCAAAGGAUCACAGUUGAUUGACAGACAUUGUUUGAUUGAUUACAUCAAGUAUGGUGCCACUGAAUGGUUCCUCAAGUCAUACUCUCCAUCCAAUGUUGUCCACAACUCUCCAUUGCUUGAUGAAGCAUUGGCCAGGUGUGAUACACGCGCAGUCGAUGUACUUCUGGCCAAUCCCAAAUGUCAGCUCGUCAAAGACCUGGAAUAUUUUGUCAAGAAUGUUUCUUGCACCCAUCCGCACUUGGAGAGGAUGAUUGAAGAAUACAUCAUGAUCUCAAAUCAGACAUCAUCCUCUCUCAUAUUCAACCAAGAGAUCAUGUCCAAGUUGAUCCUGAGGAUGGUUGGUUCACCAGGACAUGGGCGGUAG